GUAAUGGGCUGUGAAGAUUUAUUAAGGCCGUUCUCCAUGUCCAACAUAUACGAGUACUCAUAGACGGCCAACUUGGUGACAGUCAAAGGAAACAUGACCCCCACACCGUCGACCAAUGACAUCCCGGGAACUCAGUCUGCAGUGACGGGGAAAACGGCGAAUUGCCCGAGUGCUGUUGUGUUACUCCAGUCAUCACUGUAUUUAAAUUUACAAUGCAGAUUAUUCUCGCUUUGCUUCAUUAUUGUCACACUCGAGGACCGAGACUCGCCAUAAAUAUGCUUUCACAGCGGGGCCAAGUGGACUUCCUUCCUUCCUGACAACUGACCUCUCUUCCUCUCUUUCUCUUCUCACUCAACUUCCACGAUGCAAAUCAAAAAGGGCUACUACAUCGGCAUCGAUGUCGGCACUGGCAGUGCGCGUGCCUGUAUCAUCGACCACAAUGGCGACAUUGUCGGCCUAGCAUCCAAGGACAUCGGCCUCUGGCAACCAGAGCAGGAAUACUACGAACAAUCAACCUCCAACAUCUGGCAAUGCAUCUGCACCGCAGUCCGCCAGGCCCUCGCUGAGCAAAACAUCCCCCCUGCAGAAAUCCACGGCAUCGGCUUCGACGCAACCUGCUCGCUCUCCGUCUUCUCGUCCACAACCGACUGCCCGGUCUCCGUCACCGGUCCAGACUUCAACACUGACCGCAACGUGAUCCUGUGGCUGGACCACCGCGCUGCGAGGGAGACCGACCUGAUCAACUCCACGAAACACAAGGUGCUGCGCUAUGUUGGCGAUACAAUGUCAGUGGAGAUGGAGAUUCCGAAGAUCCUGUGGCUGAAGAAUCAUAUGCCGUCGGAGCUGUUUUCUGACUGCAAGUUCUAUGAUCUUGUUGAUGCCCUGACCCAUAUUGCCACGGGCGGCGAGACGCGCAGUUUCUCCAGUAUGGUGUGUAAGCAGGCAUAUCUCCCGAAGGGGGUGGAAGGAAGUACGACAGGGUGGCAGAAGGAUUUUCUAGAGGAGAUAGGAUUGGGCGAACUGGCUAACGGGGGAUUCAGUCAGAUCGGUGGUGUGAAUGGCGAGACCGGUCAGCAUUUAAGCGCGGGCGGGCGUGCCGGUACUCUGUGCGAAAAGGCAGCCAGCGACCUCGGCCUCCGCCCUGGAAUCGCGAUCGGAAGUGGUGUUAUUGAUGCAUACGCAGGCUGGAUUGGAACCGUUGGCGCCAAGGUGGACAUCGAACUGAACGGUUACAAGGGGGUCCCAUACAAGGCAGGUGAUGGUCGUACUGAAGCAUUCAAACGUCUCGCCGUCGUGGCCGGUACGUCAACUUGUCACAUCGCAAUGUCACCCAGCCCGGUAUUUGUCCCCGGUGUAUGGGGUCCAUAUCGAGAUACCAUCUUCGCCGGCUGUUGGAUGGCUGAAGGAGGGCAGUCUGCCACCGGCCAGCUUCUACGGCAUGUCCUUGAAACACACCCAGCAUCAAAAACAGCUUACGCCCUCGCUGAAAGCAAAGGAACAAACAUCUUCGGCCUCCUCAACACCCACCUUAAAACCCUAACCGCUGAGCGUAAGCUCCUCUGCAUCGGCGAACUAGCGCGAUAUUUCUUUUUCUACGGCGACCUCUUCGGAAACCGGUCUCCUCUCGCAGACCCGAAAAUGACAGGCUCUCUCGUCGGUCUCACCAGCGACACCUCGAUCGAAAACCUCGCGAUCCACUACUACGGCACGCUCGAAUUCAUCGCCCUGCAAACAAAGCAGAUCGUCGACACAAUGAACAGCUCCGGCCACUCUAUCAGCUCUAUAUUCAUGUCCGGAUCGCAGUGCCAGAAUGACAUUUUGGUCAAUUUGAUUGCCUCCGCGUGUAACAUGCCCGUCGUGGUUCCGCGUGGACGUUACGUCGAGGCGGCUGUAUGCCACGGGGCUGCAAUGCUUGGUGUUAAAGCUGGAAAUGUAGAUUCCGAAGGACAUACUGUUGAUCUGUGGGAUGUAAUUGACCUGAUGAGCAAGCAUGGGAGCAUCUUCUUUCCGACCGAGGGAGGCUAUGAGAAGGCGCUUCUUGCCGCCAAGUAUCAGGUGUUUCUGGACCAGUGUCAGCGACAGCGUGAGUAUCGUGCGGUGGUAGAAAAGGUUGUUAGCUUGUAACCACCUUAGUUUCUAUAGUGUUAUGGUGUUGAUAGUUGUAAGCGCAAUAACCAGCCGCAUAAUAUACAUCUGCAC